AUGAGAUCGUCACUGCAGUCUCCUUCUUCUUCUUCAAGGUUGCUCUUUUCAUUCGUCCAUGCCAAAUCUUCAAUGGUAUAUCAUUAUUCAUCUCUUUCUCUGAUCGAUAGAGCUACAAGCGCAUCCAGUCCAACCUCUGAAUUUGUUGACGCAAGUCCGAGUUCAGAGUGUCCAAGUGGAAACAAAUUCCCAAAUUUUCGGCCCCUGGCUUCAGAAACGACGCAAUUGAGUCAUGUUUUUAUUGUGAAUAACCUGUUGUCCCACAGAAACGAUCCUCAGGCAGCUCUUGAGUACUUCAAAUGGCUAGAGAAACAGCGUGGUUUCGUGCUGGAAAUUGGGGACUCGUUCUUCGUUCUGCUUAACAUUCUUGGGAGUUCGUCAACUCAUUAUGCUGCAUUUAGGAAUUUGAUUAAUAAUUUCUUGUCCGGUGAUUUUGCCUUAUCAGGUGUUGCGCUGCACGAUCGUUUGAUUGAUUGUUCGGAGAGGUAUGGUUUUGGGCUUAGGCCACGGACUCUUAGUUAUCUAUUGAGUGAAUAUGUUAUAUCUAGGCGUUAUAAAGAUGCAGAAGAUUGUUUCUAUGCAUUGGUUUCUCGUGGCAUCAUGAAUUCAGUCCGGAUUGUCAAUAAUUUCUUGAGUUCAUUGGUUAUGGCAAAUAUGAUAGAUGUUGCGCAUAGAAUAUUUACAGAUGUUGUCGCAAAGAAAAUUAGUUAUGAUGGUUCUACUGUCGAAAUGAUGAUGCGGGCGAGUCUCAGAGAAGGAAAGCUGCAAGAAGCUGACAAGUACUUUAAGGAGGCAAAGCAAGGUGGAGUCGAGCUUGGGCCCCGUGUUUAUUGCACUGCAAUUCGGGGAGCUUGUUUGAAGCUGGAAACCGAUGUGGCUUCAGGAUUGUUAAGUGAAAUGAAGGGGAGGGGUUGGGUUCCUUCUGAGGGAAUAUAUACAGUUGUAAUUUGUCAUUGUGUGAAGCAGAGGAAUAUGAUGAAGGCUUUAGUGUUGAAGGAUGAGAUGAUUAACAGCGGGCACCGAAUGAAUUUGAUUGUUGCAACUAGCUUGAUGAAGGGUUAUUAUCAGCAGGGUAAUCUGCAAAGCUCUUUGGCUUUAUUUGAUAAGGUUGUAGAGGAUGGGCUUGUCCCAAACAAGGUAACUUAUGCAGUCCUCAUAGAAGGGUGCUGUGAAAAUGGGUAUAUGGAGAAGGCGAGGACAUUGCACCUACAGAUGAAAUCUGCGGGUAUCCAACCAACCGUGUUCAUUGUAAAUUCUUUAAUUAGAGGGUAUUUAAAGUUUCAUUCGAUGGAUCAGGCAAUGGAGUUAUUUGAUGAAGCUGUUAAUGAUGGAAUUGCCAAUGUUUUCACCUACAAUAAUCUGAUAUCCUAUUUCUGUGACAGAGGUAAAUUGGAGGGUGCUUACAGGAUUUGGGAUAAAAUGUUUUAUAAGGGAGUCGAGCCAUCUAAGGUUUCCUAUAAUAUUUUUAUUCUGGGAAACUGCAGAAUAGGGAAUAUGGAUGCUGCACUGGACUUACUUUCUGAAAUGCAAUCAAAGAGUUUGGCUGCAAAUGUUGUCACAUAUAGCAUUUUAAUUGAUGGACAUUUCAAGAAAGGUGAAACUGAAAAAGCCAUGGGUUUAUUUGACCAUAUGUUGGGAAUAGGAGUCGUCCCCAAUGAUUACGCUUUCAAUACAGUCAUCAGUGGGUUGUGCAAAGUCGGGCAAACCAUCAUAGCAAGAGAUAAAAUGGAUAAGUUUGUAGCAAUGGGUUUCAGUCCUGCAUGUAUGACUUACAAUAGCAUUAUUGGUGGCUUUAUUAAGGAAGGAAAAAUUGACUCUGCUUUGGCUAUUUAUAAGGAGAUGUGUAAAGCUGGACACACCCCCAACACUGUUACUUGCACCAUCUUGGUUGAUGGGCUUUGUAAAAGCGAAAAUAUCGAGCUUGCUUUGAAGGUGCAUCGUGGGAUGCAUUCUAAAGGUAUUGAAAUGGAUUUGGCUAUGUAUAAUGCUCUUAUUGAUGCCUUUUGCAAAAGAAGGGAUAUGAGGAGUGCAUGUGAAUUCUUUGACGAAAUGCUAGAAGUUGGUCUAACACCAACUACAGCUGUAUACAACACCAUGAUUAGUGGUUUCAGAGACCUGUAUAACAUAGAAGCUGCACUUGGCGUAUUUAAAAGAAUGAAAAAGGAGGGGAUUCAGUGUGAUUUAGCUACUUACACAACUUUGAUUGAUGGGCUUCUAAAGAUGGGGUAUUCACAGCUUGCAUCAGAUUUGUACCAGGAGAUGCUUUCCAAGGAUAUAUUGCCAGAUAUUGUUACAUACUCUGUUUUAAUACGUGGUAUGUGCGACAAAGGACUAAUGGACAGUGCCUGCAGUAUCCUCGAGGAGAUGCACAAAAGAAGUGUUUCUCCAAAUGAAGUUAUUUAUAAUACACUUAUCGCUGGAUAUUUCAAGGUAGGUAAUUUGCAAGAGGCUUUUCGGUUGCAUGAUGAAAUGCUUGAUAGAGGUCUUGUACCCGAUGAUUCAACAUAUGAUGUUCUAGUAAGUGGGGGCUUGAAAUAG